AUCACUAACAGUCAGUUUUUUCCCGUUGAAUCAGAUCGUUCCUCUGCUUCUCUGUAAUUAACUAUAAUUUCGACCGUUUUAAUAUCCUGCGAAAUCAAAAAUGAGUGCUCCUAAAUCCUUUUUCGAAAGUGAAGAAGAUGUAGCGCAGUCAAACAAAUUGGCGAGAAAGGCCAAGGAGUCGCCCUUUAUGCUGGUUGGUAUCGCUGGCUUUGUGGCAGCUGGCUUGAUUGGCGCCUACAAAUACAAGCAUCGUGGCACAAUGAGCACCAGUGUAUUCCUUAUGCAAUUGCGUGUGGCCGCCCAAGGAACAGUUGUCAGUUGUCUGACUAUUGGACUCGCCUAUACGAUGGCCAAGGAAUAUCUCUUCGACAAGCAGCCCAAGGAAAAUACAAAAUCUUUGACUAACUAAAACAAACUCUUCCCAAAAUAUCCGUCAACAUCGUGAUCUUAUUGAGGGAUACCCUACACUUAAUUAAGUUUUAAAUAGUAAUUUAUUGCACUCACAUAAGAAAUCAUUUUGUAUCAUCAAUGGAAACCUGUUGCAAAUAAGUAGCUAAUGUUUUGUAUACCUGUGUAAGAUUGUGAUACUGUGUGUUUAAUAUGUAAAACAAAAACAAACAAAAAACUCAAAUUGAAAUGACAAAGAUGCGGACAAGAAUAAUGAAUACCUCUUGAAUGAUAUGGAUAUAUUUAAACAAAUAAAGUAAACUAGAUGAAAA